AUGGAUGCCAGGGACAAGCAGGUUCUACGGUCGUUGCGCCUGGAGCUUUGUGCAGAACUGCUGGUGGAGGGCCUUGUCAUUCAGUACCUUUACCAAGAAGGCAUCCUGACAGAAAGCCACGUGCAAGAAAUAAGGUCCCAAGUCACCAACCACAGGAAAACCAUGUUGCUCCUUGACAUCUUACCUACAAGAGGGCCCAAGGCUUUUGAGACUUUUCUAGAUUCCUUACAGGAGUUUCCAUGGGUGAGAGACAAGCUUGAGGCAAAGCGCAAUGAAGUUAUGCUAGUGGCACUUGAUGAUGAUGAGAUACCUGGAAUUCCUCGAGACGCUUUGAAGAGUCCACCAACAGAUCAGCAGAUCAACAAGCUUGCUAGGAGACUUGGACCUGAAUGGGAGUGCAUCGUAUUGUCCCUGGGAUUGACGCAAAAUGACAUUUAUCGUUGUAAAGUCAAUCACUCCUACAAUAUCCAGUCACAGAUUGUGAGCGCAUUCAUUUUAUGGAGGCAGCGUUUUGGGAACAAAGCUACCGUGGAGAGCCUGUGUGCUGGUUUGAAGUCAGGAGAAGUGGAUUCUUCUGUGAUCCAGCAGAUGUUCCAGUGACCUCCUAGUGUAACUGGAGGCUCAAAAGCCCCCUCUGUAUGAAAUUGAAUCCAACAUGUUCACAGAACUGCAAGGCGGAAAACAUUUGGUGUGCUUCAGUCCCUUUUGAAAUGGAUAUCAUGCAGUUGAAGUAGCCACUCAUGAGGUAGCACUACAGGUAGGAAGAAGCUGCUGCCAUUGAACAGCAAUUGGGGUAGAGGAGCUCCUAUAGCCUUUGCUCCAUUUUCAUCAGCUGCAGUGGUCAGUGGUCAGGGAUGAUUUAGUCCAGCAACCUAUGUGUGGGAAACCCAGCCAGAUGGGCGGGGUAUAAAUAAUAAAUUAUUAUUAUUAUUAUUA